AUGACAACCACAUAUACACGGUCUACGUUUGGCAAGUCCAACAUGUUCGCGCCCGCGCUGCCAUCAGCAUGGCAGCGUAUGCAGAAGGACCCAAUACUCUUCAUCGCACAGUGGUUAUAUGCUCACCGACCGCUUUCGACAAUAUCACAGCCCGCGUCCACAACAUCGAAGUCCGCUUCUACGAUCCCUGUUAGGGUUAUCUGCAUCUCCGAUACGCACAACGAGCAGCCGCAUGUACCGAACGGCGACAUCUUGAUCCACGCCGGCGAUCUGACAGUCAACGGCACAUUUGAAGAGCUGCAGUUACAGCUCGACUGGUUGAACAGUCUGCAACACCAACACAAGAUCGUCAUAGCAGGGAACCACGAUUUGCUCCUCGAUCAGUGCUUUCGCCGCAACCCACGACCUGCAAGCCUAGAGAAUGAUGAACGCAGACUGCGAGACCUCAGAUGGGGAAGCGUAGUAUACCUCGAGAAUGAGUUAAGGGUGCUCAAUGUUCGGGACAGGGAUGUCAAGGUCUAUGGAAGUCCCAUGACACCGAGAUACGGCAACUGGGCAUUCCAGUAUCAGGGAGAAGACGUAUGGUCGAACACCGUCCCGGAGGCGACAGAUAUACUCGUCACACAUGGCCCUGCGAAAGGCCACCUCGACUCGUCACUAUCGAACCCAUCGUAUUUGCAGGGCUGCGUUUAUCUUCAGCGGGAACUUUGGCGUGUCAAACCGCGGCUCCAUGUCUGUGGGCAUAUUCACUCAGGAAGGGGAGUCGAGUAUGGUGACUGGGGAUGGCUCUAG